GCUUACUAUGCGCAUGCGCAUAUAAAAAAUAACACUGUUUCGCCUAGAAUAAUAAUAUAAGUCAAUCUAAGCUUAUCAUUGAGUUAUUAUUAUUUGUUUGUUAACCUACGUCAUCUAUUUUUGUAAAAUUCAAAUUCAAGGUACCUUUUAGAUUAUUAAUUUUUUGAUUUAAAUGUCUAUUUUACUCGAAUACUUAUGAGCUAUGUUUUCGUGAUUCAUACACAGUUUAUCGUUCAACGCUAUGGAUUUAGCUAAAGUAAGCAAUGGAGAGAAGCUUAACAUAUGUAGGAAAUAUUUUUAUGGUGGAUUUGGUCUUCUACCUGUAUUAUGGCUUGUCAAUUUCGUAUGGUUUUUUCGAGAUGCAUUUUUAAAAGAGACAUUCCCUGAGCAAAAGAAACUCCGUCAGUACGUAACAAUAUCGGGAAUCCUUGCACUUUUUGGUAUAGGAAUAGUGGUGGCAUGGGCUAUUGUCUAUCAAAAAUAUCGACUCGAUUGGGGCGAAGCUGGAGAUAGAUUAUUAUUUGUUAUUCCUGUUGGGAAACCAUAG